CUAGAGUUAGGUACCGUACUACCUCUUGACUGCUCGGUGCCUACAUACGUGGAACCCGCCCCCUCUUUAGUCCCCCAUCCAGAAUAACUAUCCGACCCAGAAUCACGAUGGCACUCUUGGAAAAGGCGAACAGAGUGGCUCACCAGUUUGAUCUUACUGAUGACGACGUACGCAGGUGCUGCGCGCACUUCAUCAAUGAGCUUGAGGUGGGCUUGCAAAGGCGGUCGCCUGCUGUGUGCCAAAUUCCAACCUACGUCACGGAGGUUGCUUAUGGAACGGAGAAGGGUCUCUCAUUGGCCGUUGAUCUUGGGGGGACCAAUCUUCGAGUCUGUUCAGUAGAUUUGUGCGGCGAUUCUACAUAUACCACAAAGCAGUCCAAAAUCACCAUACCAACUCGGAUCAUGACCGCUCAGAAGGCAUCUGAUCUAUUCCACUUCAUCGCAGAGCAGAUACAGCAUUUCUUGCAGACGUAUCAUCAAGAGCUUCUCACGCCAGACAAGGCGAAGACAGCUGAAUUGCUCAGUCUUGGUUUUACAUUCUCCUACCCAGCAUAUCAGAACAGCAUUAAUUCGGGCAUUCUGUUACGCUGGACGAAGGGGUUUGACAUUCCAGACGCAAUAGGCCAAGAUGUUUGCCAUCUACUUCAGGAGGCGAUCAAUGAACUACACCUUCCCAUCAAGAUAACCGCCUUGGUGAAUGAUGCCCUAGGGGCACUCAUGUUUCGCGCAUACGCCCUUCCACUUUCGGAGACCCGCACUUCAGUGGGAGCAAUCUUUGGAACAGGCACAAAUGGUGUUUAUCUUGAAAAGCUGCACAACAUCACGAAAGAACUCGAAGGUGCAUAUCCUCCUGCUAGUAACGAGAUGUUCAUUAGUUGCGAGUGGGGUUCCUUCGAUAAUGGGCUUUUGGUUCAGCCCAACACUAAAUACGACACCAGUCUAGACCAAGUCAGCGUUAACCGUGGAAAUCAAAUGUUUGAGAAGCGCGUCUCAGGGAUGUUUCUAGGAGAGCUUCUGAGGAUUGCUCUGGUUGAGAUGCACGAAGAUCCAGAAGUGGGGCUCUUUCGAGAGUUCCGGGAAGACGCAGCAACAGAAGCUGAUGGAAAAAUCCCAUUUUUCACUCAAUGGGCUGUGGAUACUUCCAUCCUUUCGAUUGCCGAAGCGGAUAACUCUGGCGAAUUGCUACCGCUUAGGCAAAAGAUAGCGGAUGCUCUCUCAAUUCCUGAAUUCUGCAUUGGAGUAGAGGAUGCCCAGGCAGUGAAACUAAUUGCAAACGCUAUAGGGAAGCGUGCAGCGAGGCUCGCUGGUACUGCUCUUGCAUCCGUCAUUCUGAAGAGCGGGAGAUCAUUGGUGAAUCCCCAUACUUUCCCUGUCGACGAGGAUUCAAACACAACGAACCGUGCCCUUAUUGAUAUCGCAGUUGAUGGAAGUGUUGUUGAGUUUUACCCAGGUUUCGAAGCUUACAUGCGUGAUACAUGGAGGGUUAUUGAUGGAAUCGGUCCUGCCAUAGAGCGCAGGAUCAGAAUCGGAAUCUCAAAAGACGGAUCUAGUAUUGGGGCGGCAAUAAUUGCUCUUAUUGCAGCACAGCAGUUUCAAAAUGGCUCAAAUGUGGCUUGA